AUGAGCGGACCCCACGUGGUCCGUGCCUCUGCGGUGCAGGAGGAAGUCCACGUGAGGGAAGUGGAGGAGGCGGGAAAGAAGAAAGCACGCAGAUUUGGCAAAGUGUGUGCGCCGGGGGUUUUGCAUAGAGAGCCGGAGAUUCCUUCUAUAGCUGGAAGGGACCGGGGCCGAAUUCGUCAUUUCACAAAGCGUAAAAAAAGUUUGAAAAUUAAAAGAGGCAGUGCUGUAGAGAGAGUGGACCUGGACCAGUGUAGGUGGGUUGGGUUAGGGAGUUGGUCAGACUCAGGAGGAGGAGAGGUGUGGGGCCCACUAUAUACACAGAGAGAGAGAGAGAGAGAGAGAAAACUUCCUAUUCAUCCCCAAUCCUCAAAAUGGCGUCAACUUCUAUCUGAGCUGGCAGUCAUGCCAGCCUGUAUCCAGCUGUCUCCCAACCCCCAUCCCCCCAAAAAAAAAUCACAAUUAAAAAUUCAUCUCUCUCUCUCUCUCCCCUCUAGCCCUUUACACUUUCCAAUUUAG